UCAAUUAAUUCUCAUCUUGGAAAAGAACAAUCAAGACGUGAUGAUCUUGAAGCACUUGGUUAUGUUCUUGUCUAUCUUUAUGAAGGACGUUUACCAUGGCAAGGUCUUAAAGCAGCAGCUAAAUCGGCUAAAUAUGAAAAGAUAUGCGAACGAAAACUUCAUACAUCACUUGAAUCACUUUGUAUAAAUAUGCCAAAUGAAUUUUCAACUUAUUUAAAAUAUUGUCGUAAUCUUGAAUUUACUGAUGAACCUAAUUAUCAUUAUUUAUUAGAAUUAUUUGAUGAUCUUUUUAUACGACAUACUUUUGUACGUGAUUAUGUUUAUGAUUGGAAUCUUAUUCGAUUUCGACGUGGAUCAACAAAUAAUCGAAUAUCACCUAUACUUAAAAAUGAUGUUAUAGAACGACCAAUAAUUUUAACUAAUAAACGAUCAAAAUCUCUUACACCUGUUGUUGCUGCUACUACUACUACUACUACUCGACAUUUAAAUCAACCUCAACAGUUCAUUGGAGAUAAAGCUUUUUGUUCUUAA